GGCCGAAAGGGCUGGGAGGCGGGGAGGCGGCGCCUGGUAGCGGAGCUACUCGGUCCGAGUCCCACUCCCCGGGACCCCCCCCCUUUCACGCUCGAGUUUGUGUUCCAGGGGCUUUCUUCACUGGAGGAAUUGCACUUACCCUGUGGAUGGGUGAGGAUCGGUGCCUGGCUCCCCGACGUAUUACCCCAGGCAACAUGAGGCUACUACUGCCUGCCCUUGAUGCCUCCGAGGAAAAAACGCCGAGGCCAGUCCCGGAAAUCACAACUGGCCUUCCGAGAAGGGCCUCUGGAGGGACCCAAGCAUCCCUAUGGAUCCCCACAGCCGGCUGCAGUCCUCCCGAGGCAUGCUCCCGUCAAACCAAUAGACCACCAGACCAUCACUUCUUGGGUGUCUCCUCAGUUUGAGAAUACCAGAGGCUGGUUGCCAGUCUACCAGAAACAACAUCAGGUACCUUACAAUCUUCGGAAUCUGGCAAAAGGUUCAAGUCGAAAACUGAUCAAGAAUAGAUUUCCACCUCUGUCCUUUGAGAGUUCAGUGUCUUCUUCCAGUGAAGCUGCUCUGGACAAUCUCUCAGUUGUGGAGUGUCCUGUGCAGUGUCCAAAGGACACUGCCAGAAGGUCCUUGAUCCCUGUAUUCAGUCCUCAAAGCUGUAGGGAUAUAUCCUCUCAUGAACUUCAAAAUUCAGGUUACAUGUUGAUCCCUCCCGAGAUACAGACCCCAGAACAAACUCCUGUGAAGGACAGUGGGCAUAUUCCCACCAACCAUAGGCAGCAUAUGAAAAAAAGCUGCCCCCUUCUAAUGGAUCCUCCAGAGAGCCCAGACUCUGAACCUGUAUUGGUUGCAGACACACCAGAGGAGAAAUAUGGGCUGAAGGUAACUUGGAGACGAAGAUACCGACUUCUUACCUACCUCAGGGAGAAGGGGAAAUUGAGCAUGAGCCAGUUUCUUGUGAAGACAUGAGUGGAACCUUGAAAUAUUGGUUUCUUUUUACCAAUAACUUCUAUACAAAGGGUGGAAGUUUACAUUGCCCCACAGAUGGUUUUUAUAUUGCUGCUAAAUCUCAUUUCUGGCCCUUGAAGAGAUCAAGUCAACAGACCCAAAUAUCAUUUAGGACCCUUGUGGUUCUUCCUGUUGAUUUAAUAGGGAACCAUAAACCCCAGAAUCAUUUUGUGAACUAUAAAGCUGAAGUUCCCUAGUAUGUUUGUUGGUAUUGCUUGUUAGUGGCAUAGCAUACACAGACCAGUCAUUCUUUUUUAUAUUUUCCUGCUUUUUAUCCAGUUUAAAGGUACUUCAGAGCAGUCAGAGGGAAAAUAGUUAUACAAUAUUUUCAACAAAUUGUAAAUAUGCACUUAAGGGUGGGAAGAUAACUUUUAGAAAAUAUUAAUAAUGUUUUUUAAAUAAAUGCAGAAA